UGUAGGAUGGAAAUUACCAGUUGAUGUUGCCCAUAGAAAUAUAUUUACCCUUUUACAAAUGAUAACACUAGAAAUAGAUUUGAAACCAACAAAGGGAUAUAGUUAAGAAAAUUUAUAGAUCAUAUUAUUUAGUGUCUAAAAUUAAUUAUUUUUACAAAUAAGUAUUGAAAAUAUCAGAAUCGCUAUUCGUAACCCUAAAAUUUGAAUUUAAUUGCCCUAAACCAUAUCAAAAUGGCACAUUCACUCCUAGCCCCAGUUCUAACCUAAACCCUAGAAACAUACAAUCACUUCCUUCCUAGCCUACCCAAAUCUAACUCCUCACCUCAUCUUCUGGGGAAAAAUCACCGCCUAACUAAUGAUACUUUAUUUUAUAGUGUUUGUCACUCCCAUUUUUUAUACAUUUUUCUCUUCUAUCAAAACAUCUUUAGUCAUUUCAAUUGUAAGUAUCUUUGUUUUCGGAACCAGACCAGACUCUAAACCGGAAAAAGUUAGUGAUUUAGGGUUCAAUGGUUCAUCAUUGACACAACCGUUCAUUAUAUAUAACAUAUAAGAGUUGUAUAAUACACUAAUUUAAGAAUGAAGUUAUUACUGACCAUAAACAAUUUGAAAUUCAUAUCAUCACCAAAAUAUUAUAUAAAUCAUUCAAACCGUCUUACAAAAGAAAUCAUAACUUGUUAAUUCAAGUCAAAAAUUAUGGUGCUAGUCGGUAGUAAACAAUGUAAAAUUAACGAGGUUGGAAAAUGAGAAGAGAAAGCACAAAUAAAAUUAAUAAUUCUAGUUUGUUGGCUUAGUUUUUGUUAAAGUAUUUAAAAAAAACUUGUGGUUAAAAUAGCGAACUAGUGGGCCAGUUGAACCGUGGCGGUUCAUCUGAUUUUUUGUUGAACCUUGAAAAAGUAGUUGGUCCAUCAAUAACUAUCCAAACAAUGGACCAGACUGCUAUCAUAACUUAUUUUACAGUUAUACUAGCUCAGCUAUUGAUCCAUUUCGGUUCUUCUAACAAUGGUAUUUCUUGUCUAAAUCACAAAUAUUUGGUCAAUGAGCUUUUAAUGGACUUGGGCAAUGUUCUUGUAUUUUUUUAAGCCUUCUUGGUAUUUUUUUUUAUGGAUUUGAAGGUACAAAGAAACCUAAGAAUGAUUGGAUCAAGGAGUGAAGAACUCUGGUGGACCAAAUGAGCUAUAAAGAGAGGAUUAAAGAGCUUUCGUGAGAAAAAGGUGGUCCAAUGACGCUGAAGUCAACUAAAAAUUAUAUUAUUUCAAGACAAGCCCAUAGGAAGAAGACUCAGCCAAAUAUAAAUAAAGAAAGAGCGGUGAUGAUAACACCCAAAUUGGUGUUACUUACCCUUCAUGUCUAGGUUUGUUUCGUGCUAAUUCAUGUGCAUAAUCGUUAGAAUAGCGUCAAAUGCAUCCCUAUUCCGCUCUUAUUAUAUUAUGAUGUGAUUUUAGGGUGAUUUAGAUAAUACAUGCGAAUUAGGUACGAAAAGGGGCACAAAUGUAGAAAAAUGGGCAGAAGGUUGACGAUCACGGCCUGGAGAUGGAGAUCACGGCCGAGAACAUUGACUGCUAACUCAAGAUGAAGAUAGCGGCCUUAGAGCCCAAGAUCGUUGCCACGAAUCUGGAGGCUUCGAGCGCGAACUCCGCGAAGAAGGAAGCUGAGGAGAAAGAAAGAGUUUCCCCACAACUCAUGGAUCACGACCGACCGACCGCUUCUCGCUUGAAGGCCAAAACGGCGGCGGCGACAGAUCGCGACCGUGAUCUUCACACUACCUUGCCGUGAACUUGUCCGUCCUCUGAAGGCUAUAAAUACAAGACCCUCUUUCCCCAUUUAGGAGAGCUGAUUUUGAGAGAGAAAUUUCUUGUUAGAGUGAGAGAGAAGAGAGAGAAGCUAAAGGAAGGAGAAAAGCAGAAGAAGGAGGAUGAGCUAGAAGAGAGGAGACAUCUUCCUAACAUCAAAUCUUCCCCAAUUUCUUCUAUGUAUCUUCUACCCUCCUCUAUGGAGUAGUCUUCUAACGUACUAGGGGUUCUAAACCCCAAACUCUAGUUUUAGGGCUAUUAUGUAAUGUGAAUAUUUUAGAAUUUUGAAUAGUUGAUUUCAUUGCUUCUCUAGCUUUAAUUAUGUUUGGGUAAGUCGCCAUAAUUUUCUUUACUAGCCUACUUGAGCUUCAACGCUGGGUAUGGAGUCUUAGGUUUAGACGGGCGGGUAUGCGCCAUCAAGCAAAUUAGGUUAGAUGGAUGAAUAGGAUCUUAUGGUGGACGAGGCGACCGUACCCCUGCCAUAGGAAUGCAUUCCUAGAUAGACCCGGGAUGAAACCUCGGUGUGGAUGGUGGGUAGUACCCAUUGAACUGAGCUAUGUUCUUAACACCCCAUAUAUGAUAGCCUAGAUCGAGGUGACUGACAUGGGUUUAGGGGAGGUGUACUCGGAGGCGUGUGGAUAACCACGAAAGCCCACGGAAAAGAGCUCACUCACCACAUUCGUUAAACCCAACUUAUUUAUACAUUGCAUAGUAGAUCUAGGCUAGGGUGAGGGAUAGUUCCCCGAAGUACCUCCUUUUAUCCUUAUUUAUUCUCUCUACUAGUUAUUUCUCUUGAAUCCUCCAUCACAAACCCUUAAACCGAUCAGCUAGAUAACAACAACAUGAGAAGUAGACUAGGGUACCAGGACCCGAGUGAAUACGACCUUGAUUGCCACUAUAUGAAAAUGCCACUCAAGGUUAAACUUGGCCUAGGAUGAGGUAGUUAUGAAACGUGCUAACUAUUGACAAUAACUUGCACAGACUGAAUUAGUCAAACUUUUUGGCGCCGUUGCCGGGGAACCUCGGUAACUAGUAGAAAAUCGUCGAGUUUUUAGUUUAACCUUUAUUUAUUGUUUUGUUUUUGUUUUUGUUAUUUUCGUAGUUUUUAUCAUUUUGUGUUUUUAUGUAACUUUGUGCAUCACGGGUUGUCGAGUUUGUGUCUCGUAACACUUUUGUAUGCAAAGAAGGGACUCUUUGGAGAUAGUACCUCUUGAUACAUAAAUUGAGAGAACCCUUCGAAAUGUAAGAAGAGUUGUAAGACAUCAAUCUCCACCAAUGGCGGAUCAACAACAACAACCUAAAGUUCCACCAAGGCCUAGAACCAUGGGAUCCUACUAUUGUCUAGCUAGGAAUUAAGGACACAUAGUCUCCAAUACGAUACCCUGCCCUAAUAGGACAAGAGUGCGACAUCACACUAGGUAUGAUUUCCAUGAUCAAGACCGAUUAUCAGUUCAAGGGGGCGAAGGAUGAAAUACCUCAUCAUCAUGUGGAGGAAUUCCUAUUACUAACCGAUGGGCUUAAUGUGAAUGAGGUUGUUAGGGAAAUGGUUCGUUUGCACCUUUUUCCCUUUUCAAUUGUUGGGGAAUCCAUGAAGUGGUUCAUGAGCCAACCCCAUCAUUCCAUCACUUCUUGGGAGGAGCUUUGUAACAAAUAUUUGAACAGAUUCUACACCCCCUCCAAGACCGCAAGCAUGCGAGCCAUCAUUAACACGUUCAAGUAAAAGGAGAAAGAAACCUUGGGAGAAGCAUGGGAGAGAUUCAAUGUCCUGCUCUACAAAUGUCCCCACCAUGGUGACGAGUAUUGGAGAAAGGUUGAGAUUUUCUUUAAGUGAAUGAAAAGCGAAGAGAAGCAUCACAUCUUGAUAACAACCGGGGGGGGGGGGGAAUUUGAAGAACAAGGAACCAGAGGAUAUUUUGAACCUCUUGCAUGACAUGGAAGAAAAUAAACAUGAUUGGAAGGA